AUGCUUAUCAAUAUCGCGCUCUGCUUGUUGGGAUACGUCCCCGGACUCAUCCACUCGUGGUACGUCAUCCUCAAACACCCGGACAUGCUUGAUUACGACGACUUAGAGCGCCAGCAGAUCGUAAUAAACAUACCGUCCUCUCCGCCAGGUAUGGUGGUGUCCCGUCAGCCAGAUCGAACGAAAAUCCAGUUCCAGCACCCUGAGCCGUUCCGCACAUUCCAUUUCCACAACCCUAGUCUGGUGGAGCAGAACCAGCUCAGCCCGCGCUCGAGCCCGCUCUCUCUGAACAGGGUAGCGUCUGAGCGCUCAUCAGAGACAAACCAGCCGUCCCAGCUGGGACAGCACGUGCUGUACGGGUCCACAGACGACGAGACCCCUGAAGAGGCGCCGCCAAGCUACGACAAUGUGAUAAACGAGACCGCCAAACAGUUCCGCUAA